UUACAUUUGUGUUCUUGGUUCGAUCUGUACGUUGUCGGCAACUUGAACUUUCGUGUUAAUUUCGCAAUUGUUCAGAUUCUUUUAUUAAAAUGUCAAGAACAAAUAAGCUUUUAAUUAAUAAUGUGGAAACAUGCGUGGACGAAAUGCUUCAAGGAGUUGUUGACGGAAAUUUAGGACAAGCUCUUCUUGAAGGUCAUCGUGUCAUAGUUCGCAAUGAUAUUGAAAAAGUAAAAGAAACGGAGCAAGUAACAAUAAUAUGUGGAGGUGGUUCAGGACACGAACCUUUUGCGGCAGGAUUUGUUGGGAAAGGAAUGUUGUCUGCUGCAGUUGCUGGUUCCGUCUUUGCAUCUCCUCCUCCAAAUGAUAUUCUUGCUGCAAUUAAAGCAGUUAAAAGUAAAGCGGGAACUCUUGUAAUAGUAGCAAACUACACCGGUGAUAGAUUGAAUUUCGGAAUUGCAGUUGAACGGGCCGAAGCUUUAGGAAUCAAAGUUGCUGUUGUCGUGGUCGGUGAGGAUUGUGCAUUACAAAGUACUGAUAAAACUGCUGGAAGAAGAGGCCUGGUUGGAAUCGUCAAUGUCAUGAAGAUAGCAGGAGCAUUAUCAGAACAAGGAAAAUCUUUAGAAGAAAUCGUGAAAAUAACAACCAAAGCUAGUAUGAAUAUGGGUACAAUUGGUGUUAGCCUGUCAGCAUGUUCAGUACCAGGUACUGGUCCUUCGUUUGAUCUUCCUGAUACUGAGAUGGAAGUUGGAUUAGGUGCUCAUGGUGAAGCCGGUGUAAAGAGGAUGAAACUCCUACCUGCUGAUCAAACUAUAGAAGUUCUUAUCAAUCAUAUGACUGAUGUUAACAGUCCAUCACAUCUCCCUUUAUCACAAGGUGACAAAGUUUCAAUGACCAUGAAUAACCUUGGUGGUCUGUCUGAACUAGAAAUGCAUGUUUUAUCAAGAAAAGCAAUUGAAUAUGUUGAAUCUAAAGGAGCAAAAGUAAUUCGAUUUUAUUUUGGACAUUUUAUGACUUCACUUGAUAUGGCAGGAUUCAACUUGAAUAUAACAAAGUUAGAUGAUUUGUUGAUAUCCUGUUUUGAUCAUGAAACUAAUGCACCAGCUUGGCCAAACCUGAGAACAUUGGAUUUUGAGAGAAAGUCAAAAGCAAAGAUGAGAUUGAAUGAAAUUACUAAACAUUCUUCUGUUGACAAAUCAAAACCUAAACAAAUUAUUGCAGAAGAUGAUAAAGUUUGUGAAGCAGUUUUGAGUGCCCUAGAAAGAGCAUGUCAUGCACUCAUGAAAAAUGAACAGUAUUUAAACGAACUUGACACGUCUGCUGGUGAUGGAGAUUGUGGAACGACGUUUAAACGAGGAGCAACUAUGAUUUUGUCCAAAAUAAGUUCCAUGAAGCAACGAUCUGUCAGUGAUAUUAUUCAUUUUAUUGCAAGUUGUGCUGAAGAUUCUAUGGGAGGAGCAUCAGGAGGAAUUUACUGUUUGUUCUUUACUGCGGCAUCAAGACAUUUGAAAGAGGUUUCAACAUUAAAAUCAUGGUGUUCAGCACUUCAUGCAGGAAUUAAUGCUGUUUCAAAGUAUGGUGGAGCUGAACCAGGAGAUAGAACAAUGCUUGAUGCACUGGUUGCAAUAGAAAAAUCAUUACUCAACAACAUAGAAUCCAAAGAUGUGAAUACUGUUCUUACAUGUGCUGCAAAGAGUGCGACAGAGGCCGCUCAUGCCACAGUAAACAUGAAAGCAAGAGCAGGAAGAGCGAGUUAUGUUGCAUCCGAACAACUGACGAAACCUGAUGCUGGAGCCAUUGGUGUUUCAAUAUGGAUGAAUGCAAUUGCGAAUACUUUAUAGUAUAAAUUGAAAAAAUGAUCAUUAUUAUUGAUGGAAAGGCAGUUGACGACUCUGAUAAAUGAAUCAAUUCAAGGUUUUGAAAUUUAUGAUCUUGUCUGUAAUUUGGACAUAAGGUGUUGAUUAUUUUUGUAUACAGCAGUGGCCAUAAUUGAACGAUAUCUUCAAUGAAAGCCUUGUUUUUUUCUUUCUGAUAGAUGAUGAUAUUGGUCUUCCUAUAAUUUGAAUGUCUCAAUCAUAAUCUGUCUAAAUUGGCGAGUCCCUAAUUUGAAUAGCCUAAUUCGGUCUACUAUUCUCUAUCAAGGACAAUUUUAGGUUUCAGACACCACCAAUUUUAGGCAUCACCAAGAGGGGUUUUGGGUGUUUAUUGUAAAAUAAUUUAUGUGGUUCUAGGGUCCAAGAUGAUCUCUCUUCAAUGAAAUUAAGUUCUAAUUUUGUGUUAACAAAAAUUAUGUCCUAUACCUCAAUCCACUGUAUGCCAGAAUAGGUAGAUUGAUGAUUAUUGAAAGUAUAAUUAUUUUAAUUUGAUAAAUUAUUAAUUUUCUAAAUAAUGUUCUGCAAUAAAUGAGUUCCACAUGGA